AUGGCGGAAGCUCAAUCAGGCGUUCCUACUUUCAAGCUCGUCUUGGUCGGUGACGGUGGUACUGGCAAGACCACUUUCGUCAAGCGACAUCUCACAGGCGAAUUCGAAAAGAAGUACAUCGCCACUCUCGGUGUAGAAGUUCACCCUCUAGGUUUCUCAACCAACUUGGGUCAAAUCCAAUUCGACGUGUGGGAUACCGCAGGUCAAGAAAAGUUCGGUGGUCUGAGAGAUGGCUACUAUAUCAACGGUCAAUGUGGUAUCAUCAUGUUCGACGUCACGUCCAGAAUCACCUACAAGAACGUACCCAACUGGCACCGUGAUCUUGUCCGUGUCUGCGAAAACAUCCCCAUCGUCCUCUGCGGCAACAAAGUCGAUGUCAAGGAGCGAAAAGUCAAGGCAAAGACCAUCACUUUCCACCGCAAGAAGAACCUCCAAUACUACGAUAUUUCUGCCAAGUCUAACUAUAACUUCGAGAAGCCUUUCCUCUGGCUCGCCCGUAAACUGGUCGGCAACCCUCAACUCGAGUUCGUCGCCGCGCCAGCUCUCGCGCCACCCGAGGUCCAGGUCAACCAAGAAUUGCUCGAUCAAUACCAGAAGGAGAUGACCGAGGCUGCUGCCAUGCCUCUUCCUGAUGAGGAGGACCCGGACUUGUAA